CAUGCCAAGAGAAACAAACAACGGAACAUCAACAAAGACCAGAGCGAGGUGACAGAAAAUCUAAAUUCUUAUUUAUUUUCUUAUAUACUUUUGGGAGCGACACAGCAAGACAAGUGGAAUCAGCCACUUAUAAGCUCACUGACUCAGUGGUCACGACGAAUGCAGCUGAGAGUGAAGGAUGGCAGGUGUUUUCGAUAUUGACCUGGGGUCGGACGACCUUAGCGAUGCAGAGGAUGACAUUUGUGACUUCACCGUAGCAGAGACAGACCCUGUUCAGACAGAAGAGAUAGAGCUGACCAGUGCCAUUGUCAACAGAGACAGUGAGAGGAUUGGACCAGACAGCUUUGAGCUGCUAAGUGUGCUGGGCAAGGGGGGCUACGGCAAGGUUUUCCAGGUACGGAAAGUGCAGGGUACACAGACGGGGAAGAUAUUCGCCAUGAAGGUUUUAAAGAAGGCGAAGAUAGUGUGCAACGCCAAGGACACGGCCCACACGCGUGCAGAGCGGGAGAUUCUGGAGACGGUGAGGCACCCCUUCAUCGUGGACCUGCUGUACGCCUUCCAGACCGGGGGUAAACUCUACCUCAUCCUGGAGUGUCUCAGUGGUGGAGAACUGUUCAUGCAGCUGGAGAAAGAAGGAAUCUUCAUGGAGGACACUGCCUGUUUUUAUCUGGGUGAGAUUGUGCUUGCUUUGGGACACCUCCACUCAAACGGAAUCAUCUACCGAGACCUGAAACCAGAGAAUAUCAUGCUGAACCACCAAGGACACAUCAAGCUGACUGACUUUGGCCUGUGUAAGGAGUCCAUUCAUGACGGCGCUGUCACGCACACCUUCUGUGGGACCAUAGAGUACAUGGCUCCAGAGAUUCUGACGCGUACAGGACACAACCGGGCGGUGGACUGGUGGAGUCUUGGAGCCCUGAUGUAUGACAUGAUGACGGGCUCGCCUCCGUUCACUGCUGAGAACAGGAAGAAGACCAUUGAUAAGAUCUUGAAGUGUAAAAUCAACCUACCGCCCUACCUCACACUGGACGCCCGAGAUAUGAUCAAAAAGCUGCUGAAGAAGAGUCCUUCUCAGAGGCUAGGCUCCAGUGCGGCAGACUGUAAAGACAUACAGAAGCAUCCCUUCUUCAGACACAUCAACUGGGACGACCUGCUGAAUAAGAGGUGUGAGCCGCCCUACAAGCCAUGCCUGCAGUCAGAUGAGGACGUGAGUCAGUUUGACACGAGGUUCACCAAGCAGACUCCGGUGGACAGUCCUGACGACUCCACAAUCAGCCACCAGCACGAACACGCCUUCGCUGGUUUUACCUAUGUGGCUCCCUCUGUGUUGGAGAGUCUGAAGGAGGGCUUCUCCUUUGAGCCACGGACACGUCCCGUACGCAGACACAACAGCAGCCCACGCACCCCCAUCAGUCCUCUCAAGUUCUCUCUCCCCGGGUCAUUCGCCAAGUCCACAGGAGGAUCAGGGGGAGGAGAGAGCGAGUCGGACCUUCUCUCCCAGACCUCGUUCCGUCUCCCGCCAACAACCCCGCCCACCGACAACGGCGCCACGCAGCCGAUCAGCACACCAGGCCGGAACAAGAAGCAGAAGUGUAACCGGAGAUGAACUGGAGUAAGCCGAGUCAGGAGGAGUCCGAACCUUUGGCCGCGUUCCAGGCCGACUACUUUGCAGACGUGCCGCGCGCAUCCGCCAAACGGCUGAUUACCACGUCAUCGACAGUUGGGUGCAGGCUGCUAUAUCAUACGAUGUGGUUAGCUGAUGUGUUUAACACCUAUCCAGGCGUUGUGACGUCUGGCAGACGACUGCUAGUCCGUCUGGAACGCGGCCGUUCUCAGGGGGCCUUGUGUUUCUCACAGGCUGGGUCCCAAACCCCCAUACUGCACACUCGCUCCCUUCCCCCUAUACCCUCAUUGACUCAUUCCUUUGAGGUCUGAAUGGGGGGUGAGCUUAGUUGAAGAUCUACAGGGCGUGCAGCUUUUUGUUCCAGUCGAGCACUAGCACCUGAUUCAGCUCCUGGUCUUGAUGAUUAGUUUAGUAGAAUCAGGUGUGUUGGUGCUGGGCUGGUGCCCACCUCCACCUACCAGGGUUGUGACUAGAGAGAGUACAGCUACAACCGGACGUGACUUUUCGUCGCAGGUUAGGAGAGCAAUUGAGCUAAUCCUAACCCUUUUCUUAACCUUAAUUCCUAACCUGCCACGUUAAUGAUCCUAACCUGCUGCAUAAAUGUCACUUUCAGUCGUAGCUGUACUCCCUCUAGUCAGAAUCACCUACCAAGGGUGGGGUCAAUAUCUGUUUACUUCCUGUUUACUUCCUACCCCAACCUUUCCUACGCUACCAGAGGACCAGCCACAGCUUUUACAUGUCCAGUUGCCACAGAGCCACAAAGGGAAGUCAACAAGGGUUUAGGGAACAGGUUGGGUUAUCAGUUUGGGAUCCAGCCACUUCACUUGACAUUUUUCUCAACUUGCCACAUAAGCAAAGAGAACACCAACUACUGCCAAAGCAUUUGACAUUGCCGUUAUCAAAAUGUUAAAAGGUUGACUUUGGGCAGAAAUAACAGCUUUAAACUGUAUUACUGAUCGAUGUGCCAUCAUACCAGGUUAUUUAAUGCUUUAAAAAAAAAAAAAAUGAAUUUGAUGAAUAAGAUAUUUGACUAUAGCUGUGCCAUUUCUUACUGAUCUCUACAGUUUCCGGCCACAUUCAAAUCAUGUGAAAUGAUGUCCACAUGUACUGGAAGAGUUACCGGCUAGCGUAGCUUGUAAAGUGGUUGUUCCACUGGAUAUCAUAAGGUGAAUGCACCAAUUUGUAAGUCGCUCUGGAUAAGAGCGUCUGCUAAAUGACUUACAUGUAAUGUAAAUGUAGCUAAUGAACUAGCAACGUUGGUUGCGGCACGCCUGACCACAAUACCACAAUAACACAAUGAACCACCAAAGGCACGGCCCAUUUCUGUUUGAAAAUUGAGAAAUAGGCAGAGUUGGACCGUAUUUCACGCCGAGUCGACCUUUAAAUUGUUGAUUUUUAGACUAGUGAUCAUUGUCAUAACGCAGGAAUGAAAGUAUUGAAUGACGCACAUUUCUAAAAACACUGUAUAAAAUACUCUGCUUAAGAUAAUCAAAAAUACUCAUCUUUUUAGUAUUUUAAAGAUUAUGAAAACGACCGCAUUUGUAUUACAGCUGUAAAGCAAUCCGACUCAUUUGAGUCCUAUGUGUCUGAAGCGAUGUUGAAUUAUCCUUUUAUUUUUUAACAAGCACUCAUACCAUAACAUUACUCAUAUCAUGUAGAACCAUAGAUCUACAGAGUUCUAGCAGACUGUUGUACAUGUGGGCAGGCCUGGGUUCAAAUAGUAUUUGUUUUCUUCCUUGAGCCAAAGUUUCACUUGAUUGAGCUUGUCUGGCGCAAUGGGACCAAUGGAAUAGUCCAAACGCCAUCCAUCUGGCUCUCCAGUCAGGCUCUAUCAAAUGAUCAAAGAAAAUUGAUACUGUUUUGAUUUUGAACCCAGGUCUGGUGCCAACAUGGCACCCAUUCACAUUCUUCAACUGAAACAGUUUGCCGAACUCUGUUUAUCCGUGGCUCUUUCAUCAACCAUCCUGUCAUACUAUUGUGAGAACUAGCUUUGGAAGACGAGACCUCUGUAUCAUUGAAAGUCAUAUUUGGGUCUGGGGAGGGAAAUAAUAUUUACACGUAUUUCAUUUAAAAAUAGUAUUAUUUAAUGGACUGAUGACAUGUUCUGGAUCUAAGUGGAAUGUUUUUAUCAGGUUUUUAUUUCCUGCGGCUAAUGUGGUCGUGAGGAAGAUAGGGUUGUAGAAUCCUGAAGAAUAAAAGUGUUGAAUGUCUGGA